GUAGCGCUUGGUUUUUUUUCUAUUGCGUUGUCAUUGAAAUGUGGUGUAACAUAAAUCGCGAUCCGAUCAUUCAAUCGCAAUACAGUCGAAAGUACAUAUAACAAGUCGAUAGGAACAAAAGGUAUCGAACGUCGUGGGCGAAGAAUAGGUCAUGGCUGAACCAGUAAAAUCGAACGAUGAAAGAGAGGACAACAAUCAGGUGGCCGUAGCUGCUGUACCCAAUGUCGAAGCGUCACCGCAGAUAUUCAAGCUUGACAUCGAUUGCUGCGAAGAGCUAUUGGAUUGGUUAUCGCUUGUGGAUCUGCAUUCAUUUGGUCAAUCGUGCACAACAUUGGAGCAAGUUGCCGGUCAUGUCUUCAAGCAAACAUACCCGAAAGUCAUCGUCGUAUGCGGAAGCGACGGUAUUUACAUCGACACGGUGCAAAUGAAUGGAUUUUGCGAUUUUAUCCAACAUUUGACAUUUCGAUCCAACAACAUGGGCCCGUUUGUCUUUACACAGUCAAGAAGCUUCAAAUCAGUGAAGAAUCUAGGAUUUCACCACAUGGAAUUGACAUGCAACAAGGUCGAAUGUAUCAAGCACAUUUUAGCCAACGUUGAAGAGGUGGAACUGUAUGGAUGCACAUUGAAUGGCGAUUUCUACGAAAAUUUCCUGAAAUUUUGUCCAAAUCUCAACAGUUUGACGAUUGGAGUUUAUUAUACCGAUGCGAACGUUGAUCUAGCUGACUCCAGAAUGCCGUUAAUUGGUGCCGAUAAUAGUUGGUUGCUGCGUGAAUAUCCAAACCUUAAAUGCUUCACAUUGUAUGGAUCCUUGUUGACAGCACGACUUGCUGAAUUGAAUCGCUUUUUCGAGAUGAAUCCAAGCAUUCGAAAGUUUACAACAAAUGGACAAUUUUUUCUAGUGGGCCCUAUCAAAGAUUGCAAACUUGACCUGGAUGAUUUAAUCAUUCUGAUGAAUGGGUUUGAUACGAUUACCUUUUAUCUUACGAAUAUAUACGAAAAAAUUUCUCAAACCAUCAUCAGACACACGGGCUCUUUCAAACGUUUACAUCUAUACGUGAAUGAACUGAACAAAGAUGAAGUGAAACGUUUCAACAAAAUCGAGACACUGCACACUUCUUCACUUACUGCCGAUUCUGCAGCUGGUCUGACCAAUUUGAAAGCGUUGUCCCUAGGAUCAGAUGAAGUCAACCACCACGAAAUCAGCACACUCAUCAAUCUGGAGCGAGCCAUCUUCACCAGAGUAAGUCCCGUCGACAUUUUGGCGUACAUCAGCGGCUUAGCUAAGCUACAGCAAAUCGAAGUCAAACAACUGAUUGGCACAGACAUCAUCGAUGUGCGCAAAUUGAACAAAGAACGUAAACAAUUACCUGGUGCCCGAAAAGUAUUGCUUUACGUUGAUAAAACAGUUUAUUUGGCGACAAAAUGGUCUGGAAUGGAAAUGGAUUGUGAUUUGGUCGGAAUGAAACGGUUGGAUUCAAUCGAUUGCGGUAAAAGUCUCGACGAUCAAUCAAUUCGAAAGAAUUUUGGCUGAUCAAAUCACGAAAAAUGAUUCAUUUAAUCGAAAGCCAAAUCCACUUUUUUAGCCAAAAAAGAAAAAGAAAACUUUCAUUCCAAAAAUUUAUACGAAACAUUAAAUGUAUCGAAACAAAACACAAGUAGAAUUUAUUCAGAUUCAUCCAUUUAUUUUGAAAAACACAGAAAAAAUCUUUAUAAAAAAUAUGCUGAGCUAAGAAUAAAAAAAAUUGGGGAAUAAAACAGAGCUGAAAAGAAAUGUCGAAACAAUAAAAA